GGGCGUGCUGCAGAAGCGAGACAGAGCCCGCUGCAUCAGCCACCAGCCCGAGGAAUAACAUUAGUUCCAGCCUCACAAUGAGCUGUUUACUGGCCUUGGCUGCCUGUGGGAACGGCCAAGAAGAGCGGAGGAAAAGGACAGACAAACACAAUGCGAGCGGGACGCGCUAGAUGGGAGGCUGGGCUUUAAACUCGCCCUCAGGAUUUCAACCCUAUGGAACUGGAGAGGGCUGAAAGAGAAAUAAAAGGGCACUGGCUGCUCCGCAGCACAAACAGGCCGAGACAAAUCAGCCAUCUGCUGCACUGCUGCUGCCUGGAGAUCCCCGGUCCUGGCUGGAGGGCUGAUAGUGAAGGAUGAAAGGAUGCACAAUGAGGACAUGGUAGCAAGGAUUCAAGCAACCUUCCUGGAAUGCGUUUCAUCAGGAAGAAAAGAGGUGACUGCCUUAUUUUAUGGAUGGCACUGAAGUAGACUUUGACACUCUUCGGAAGCACACCACAGACUUGGCAUGGGAAACCACAGCAACAACCAUACCUGUUUGACAGAUGAUUCCUUUAAGUACAACUUGUACGGAGCCGUGUACAGCGUGGUCUUCAUCCUCGGUCUGAUCACUAACUGCGCUUCCCUCUUUGUUUUCUGCUGCCGGAUGAAGAUGCGGAGCGAAACAGCCAUCUUCAUGACAAACCUGGCGGUUUCAGAUCUGCUGUUUGUGUUCACUUUGCCUUUUAAAAUCUUUUAUAACUUCAACAGGCAUUGGCCUUUUGGAGACAGCCUGUGCAAGAUAUCUGGGACGGCGUUUCUCACCAACAUCUAUGGGAGCAUGCUGUUCCUCACCUGCAUCAGCGUUGACCGCUUCCUUGCAAUCGUCUAUCCGUUCCGAUCCCGUACCAUUAGGACCAGAAGAAAUUCAGCCAUAGUCUGUGCUGGUGUUUGGAUACUGGUCCUCAGCGGUGGAAUCUCAGCCUCGUUGUUCUCCACAACCAAUGUUUCCAACACCAGCACCACCUGUUUCGAAGGCUUUUCCAAACGUAUCUGGAAAACCUAUUUGUCUAAGAUCACUAUAUUUAUUGAGGUGGUGGGGUUCAUCAUUCCUUUGCUACUCAACCUCACGUGCUCUUCCUUAGUUCUCAGGACUCUCCGGAAACCUGCCACCUUGUCUCAGAUCGGGACAAACAAAGAGAAAGUAUUGAAGAUGAUCAUUGUGCACGUGGCCAUUUUUGUCGUGUGCUUCGUGCCUUAUAACUCCAUACUCUUCCUGUACGCUCUCGUGCGGUCCCAGGCGAUAGCAAACUGCUCCUUGGAGAGGUUUGCACGGACCAUGUACCCAAUCACAUUGUGCAUUGCAACCAUGAACUGCUGCUUUGACCCGUUCAUCUAUUACUUCACAUCAGAAUCCUUCCAGAAGUCUUUCAACAUAAAGACCCAGAUAAAAAUGGACUCUCUUUUCAAGACUGAGACCCCUCUAACAAAGACUGCUCUACCAGCACAGCAGGAUGAAAUAAGUGACCAGGCCAUUACAAAUGGAGGAGAUCCAACCUCUGAAUCUCACUUCUAGUGCCACGCUGACACGCGCCUUAUCCCCCAUUACCAUUUGAUUAACGCCAAGCGUGAAACAGUUCUUUGAGAGCACAUGGGUUCUCGCACACUGCUAGUGAAUAAAAGUCACUGGGGAAUAACUGCACAGGUAGGUAAGUUCCUGUGGUGGGAUGGUCCCACCGAAUGCGAUAGCUGAACACAAAAUAUAAAAGCCCUGAUGGCACUCGUUAGAGAGAAUGGCUGAGUGACAAUGUAUGUACCAGCAAAGGAGGGAACAGAACAGAUUCCUUAAUCAGAACAUGCAGAACAUGCCAACAUUUGGCAUUUCUUCUCCCCAGUGGUUGACAUGGGACCAGUUGGGAAAUACCAAGUUUAAUUCUUCUUAGAGAUAUCUGCCAGUGUUUCAUGCCUUCUGGAAACGCAUCAUCGUAUGUUAACUCAGUAACUUCACACAAUAUGUAUGUUUGCUUAAAAAGGUAUAAUAAAGGCUUUGGGCUUUUCCUUAUUUCACUGCAAGAGUAUAUGCAUCCCAGCUUUACUAGAUACAGCCACGUUAAGUUUACUGUGUGGAAAGGUUUGGAGCGUACGUAAUUCUUUUGAAAGUAGGUAGAUCAGUUGCUUGAUGAUAUAAAAAAAAGCUAAAAGGUAAUUAAUGAUGCGGUUUCAAAGUGAGUUUCAUUCUGUAAGACUAAACUGUCUCUUAAUUUAUUUGUAACUCUCCCUAGAGAUGUCACUUAGGAGCACAUUACUGCUCUGUUACCUGGGCUUUUGUGUCCCAGGAGAUUAUGAGACUGUUUCUGGUAAGUCAGCUGAAGGAAAGGGCCUGGAACCCCACAGCUCUCACCAGCCCAAGCCUCUCCAAUAUGAGAGGCUCCUCCACACUGUGAGGCUGAAGAACCCUGGAGUGCCGCCCUUGUGAAAGAGCAUUUGGAUACAGACAAUUGGUGUCAGAGCAUCCAAUUAACAGAGGACAUCCAAUUAACAGACGAUCUUGUCGGUAAUUGCCUGCUGGAUUUUUGCUGUACACUCAACUAAUUAAACUAAAAGAUCUCAAAGUAACUCCAGAAGAAGUUCAACGAGUUGGCCACACUCUUCUCCUCAUUACCACAAUGUUUCCUUGUUUUGCAAUUAAUUUAUUACAUAUUCUGCAUUUCCUUUUAUAGAAAUAGAUUAUAUAAAUAUAUGUGGAAAAUUAACUACCUGUA